CUAUAGCCACCGUGAAACCCCCUGUAAUUUUUUUAGUUAAACAUGGAUUGGAGUUUCUCCUUGUUCGCCGUGAUAGCCGCUGCCACCGCCACCCUCUGCUCAUCGGAAUCUUUGACCUCACCUCGAUCCAUCGAACGUGAUGGUGAUCCACUGAUUCGUCAAGUGGUGGAUGACGGAAAUUUCAAUAAUCGUCUCCCUCUCGGAGCAGAGCACCAUUUUUCGCUAUUCAAGCAAAGGUUCGGGAAAUCGUAUGCCACAGAGGAAGAGCACGAUCGUAGAUUCAAGAUUUUCGAGGCUAAUAUGCGACGAGCUCAACGCCAUCAGUCAUUUGAUCCGUCCGCCAUUCAUGGUAUUACUCAGUUUUCCGACUUGACCCCUUUCGAGUUUCGGAAGGCAUUUCUAGGGCUCAGAGGUCACCGUCUCAGGCUUCCUGUUGAUACAAAUGCGGCUCCGAUUCUUCCUACGGAGAAUCUUCCGAUCGAUUUUGAUUGGAGAGAACGUGGUGCCGUAACUCCGGUAAAAAAUCAGGGAUCUUGCGGAUCCUGCUGGAGUUUCAGCACGACCGGUGCCCUUGAAGGUGCUAACUUCCUUGCGACGGGGGAACUUGUUAGCUUAAGUGAACAGCAGCUGGUAGAUUGUGAUCACGAGUGUGAUCCAGAGGAAGCCGAUUCCUGUGACUCUGGUUGCAAUGGUGGUCUGAUGAACAGUGCAUUUGAAUACACAUUAAAAGCCGGAGGUUUGAUGAGAGAGGAAGAUUAUCCCUAUACUGGAACUGAUCGUGGAAAUUGCAACUUUGACAAAUCCAAGAUUGCUGCAUCAGUUGCCAAUUUCAGUGUUGUUUCACUUGAUGAAGAUCAAAUUGCUGCAAAUCUAGUGAAAAAUGGCCCACUUGCAAUUGCCAUCAAUGCAGUGUUCAUGCAAACAUACAUAGGUGGAGUAUCUUGUCCAUUCAUAUGUUCAAGGCGCUUGGAUCAUGGAGUUUUGCUGGUGGGUUAUGGCUCAGCUGGGUAUGCUCCCAUCAGAAUGAGAGACAAAGAUUACUGGAUCAUAAAGAAUUCCUGGGGCGAAAACUGGGGAGAAAAUGGCUAUUAUAAGAUUUGCAGAGGAAGGAAUAUUUGUGGAGUUGAUUCCUUAGUCUCAACUGUUGCUGCAGUUCAUACUCAUGAUACCUCCAUUGCAGCAGCAGGUCAAUAGAGAUGGGAUUUUUCUCUUAAAAGUUUGUAGUUGUUGAUGAAAAUGUGGGGAUUCCUAGAACAGCCUUUAGCUAACUUUCAUUUGUUAAAGGCACAGAUGCAUUUGUAUCAGCUACUACAGCCAAUGCAUAUAUGUUUAGUUACAUUUACACCAAUAAAUUCAAAAGAAAUACAGAUGAAAAGUUGGUUCUUAUUUAUGAAGAAA